AUGGUUAAAGCUACAGAUCCAAAUUAUUGCGUGAAAUGCAAAACUGGAUAUAUCUCUAACGGGGCAGGAGGGUGUAUACAGUCUCAACUAAAGUAUUGUGAUGCGGCUUCUGAUGCUUAUACUUGCACAACCUGUUCUACUGGAGCUGCUAAAAGCUGUGGCUCAUGCAACGCAAUUAAUACUCUCACUAAUUGUGCUUGUGCUUCUCAAGAGGGCUCAUUUUGUGUCAAAUGCAAUGAUGGCUAUAUUGUUAAAGCAGGCUCAUGCUCUAAAGGUAUUUUCUAUUUAGAUUGCUCUUCUAAUUGUGAGGAUUGCACUUCGAAAGACGUAUGCACUCAAUGCAAGUCAGGAUAUUUCCUUUAUUAUGAAAGUGCGUCUAAAACAAGCUGCGUUUGUAAGAUUUAUUUAGCAUGUGCCGAUUCGUGCAAUUUGUGCACUACUCGUCCUAUUUGUUUUGAUUGUGCUGGCUUAAUAGUCCAAGAUGGAAGUUCGUGCAGAGAGGAUAAAGUAGGGUAUCAAUUGAGUUUCGACUCUCCAUAUAUCGUUGUUGAUUUUGCCCACCCGCUUUCGAAAGCGGUAGCUUUUGAUUCUUUUACUGCUAAAGUUAGGUUAUAUGAAAAUGCGCAGCCAUUAAAUGCCUCUCUCUGGGAGAUACAUCGCUUUGCGAAGAAUUGGCAAGUAUAUCUAACCAACACAGUCUAUUAGUUCUGCCUUGAGGUUUCAGUCUUGAGUAGCAACUUAUGAAAUUUUGAUGCUAAUCAGCUGAAGAAGUUAAGGUCGCCUUGUAAUUUCUUGUUUCUGUUUCCUGGACAUAGAUACUACAAUUAAUUAGGCAUUUAAGGUGCCCAGCUUCAAAUAAAUAGCAAUAUGGCAAACCAGCGACGUCAGGGCGCAUUGCUGUCGCUCUUGUCAGAAUCAGCUUCUGCGCUUGUUCCUCCUAAUAGUCACCUCCUCAGAUGUGCUGAUUAAAAAACCUUAGCCUCUUGAACGCACUUAGGAACAGUUCCUCUAACCUUAUAUGAUAAAAUUUAACCUAAUUCCUCUAAAACCUAUUGUAAUUUUAUUUAUGUUUGCUGAAUAAACAUUCCUAUCUUUUCUCUAAUUUCAUCAUAUGGGUUCUUCUUAUUCUAAUCCUACUUGUGAAUUUUACAAAAUUUUUAUUUUCUUGCAACCAUAAUUACCCACUAUCGAAAUUGAGUCCUUCAAAAAAGCCACAGUAUUUAGACUAUCUCUUAAUUCUGUGUGAUACCAAAAAUAAAAUUAAUUUUUUACAGCUAAGAAAGGUGAAGUUGUUGUUCCUACAGGAGGUUGGAGUGUCAAAUCAUCGACAGUAAGCCAGAUCAAGGUUCAGACUGAUUUGGAUGUUUCUCAGCUUCCAAUUGAUGUCACCUUCAGCUUUAAGGAGAUUGACUCUUAG